GCACGGAGGCAGAGAAAGGAGGCAGCCGAGUGGAUCACACACAUUCACUAUUCCACUCGGGCUGAAGCAAGGACAGCCUUCAACACAACACGCAGAAGAAAGCGUGCGGGGUUUUUAUUCUCCCUUGUAUGAACACAAACGGAGGAUUUAAAGAUGUGGACAGAAGUCGGCAAGCUCGUCCUGUUUCAUUUACUGCUCAUGGAGCUGCAUUACGCGAAAGGGACUCAUACAGAAUCGGAGUGCGAAACCGGGCAGUUUAAGUGCAACAAUGGGAGGUGCAUCCCAAUCCCGUGGAGAUGUGACGAUGAUGACGAUUGCUCGGAUAACAGCGACGAGGAGAAUUGUCCCAAGAAGACAUGUGCAACCACAGACUUUGCCUGCAAAAACGGACAGUGUGUUCCCGCUAGGUGGCGCUGUGAUGGAGAACAGGAGUGUGCAGAUGGUUCUGAUGAGGCUGACGCAAUCUGCAGCCGACAGACCUGUCCACCAGAGAAGUUUGAAUGUGGCGGGACUGCCAGCAAGUGUGUCUCGUUGUCAUGGCGAUGCGAUGGAGAAAUAGACUGUGAGAAUGGGGCCGAUGAAGAGCACUGUGCCGCAGAUGCCAAGGCCUGUCCCUCCAAGGAUUUCCAAUGCCGUAACGGAAAGUGCAUAGCGCCGAUCUUCGUCUGCGAUGGCGACGACGACUGUGGAGACGGCAGUGAUGAAGAAAAGUGCUCGGUCCCCAGCUGCGACCAGCACGAAUUCCGCUGCAAUGACUCGGAAUGUAUCCCGGCACUGUGGAGCUGUGAUGGGGACCCAGACUGCAAGGAUAAGUCGGACGAAUCCAUGGAGCGCUGCAGCAGGAGGACCGAACCCCAGAAACCUCGGUGCAUGGUGAACGAGUUCCAGUGCGGGAGCGGAGAGUGUGUCCGUAUCAACUGGAAAUGUGAUGGAGACGCAGACUGCAAGGACAAAUCCGAUGAGUCAAACUGUCCCGUGCUCACGUGUCGACCUGAUGAGUUCCAGUGUGGCGAUGGUUCCUGUAUCCACGGCACCAAACAGUGUAAUAAAGUUCACGACUGUCCAGACUACAGUGAUGAAGCCGGCUGUGUCAACGUUACAAAGUGCGAGGGGCCAAGGCAGUUUCGCUGUAAGAACGGGGAGUGUAUCGACAGCAGCAAGGUGUGUAACAACGUAAAAGACUGCAAGGACUGGUCUGAUGAACCCAUGAAGGAGUGCGGCCUGAACGAGUGUGCCGACAACAACGGUGGCUGCUCCCACAUCUGCAGGGACCAGAGAAUUGGUUUUGUUUGUGACUGUCCAUCUGGGUACAAACUUCUGGACAAAAAGACUUGUGGCGACAUCGAUGAAUGCGAGAACCCAGAAGCCUGCAGUCAAAUCUGCAUCAAUUACAAAGGGGAUUAUAAGUGUGAGUGCUAUGAAGGUUACGAGAUGGACCCUGCCUCCAAGACCUGCAAAGCUGUGGGAAAGAGUCCAUACUUAAUGUUCACCAACCGCCAUGAGAUCCGUCGCAUUGACCUGCUGAAGAGUGAAUACACACAAGUGGUUCCUACACUGAAGAACGCCGUGGCGCUGGAUGUGGACGUGGCCAUCAAUAAGAUGUUCUGGUGUGAUCUAUAUCAUCGGAAAAUAUACAGUGCGUACAUCAACAAAGCCAAUGACUCUUCGCAGCAGGUGACGCUGAUUGAAGCGCUCCACUCCCCCGAAGGGCUGGCUGUUGACUGGGUUCAUAAGAACAUCUACUGGACCGACUCGGGCAACAAGAGCAUAUCGGUGGCCACGGGAGAUGGCAGCAAGAGGAAAAUGCUCAUCGUCACAGAGUUGAGCGAGCCCAGGGCCAUCACAGUCGACCCACAUCAAGGAUUUUUGUAUUGGUCCGACUGGGGAGAUCAGGCCAAGAUUGAAAAAGCUGGGAUGAAUGGAGUGGAUCGACAAGUUCUGGUGUCUGAGCACAUCGAAUGGCCAAAUGGAAUAACCCUAGACUUGUCCAAUAGGCGUCUCUACUGGGUGGACUCCAAGCUGCACCUGCUGUCCAGUGUGGAUUUUAAUGGAGACAACCGCAGGGUUCUGCUGUCCUCCCAGCACCACUUGGGACACCCCUUUGCCCUCACAGUCUUUGAGGAUCGCAUAUACUGGACCGACCUGGAGGAUGAAGCAAUUUACAGCGCCAACCGCCUGACGGGGAAUGAUGUGGCGAAGGUAGCUGAGCACCUCAAUAACCCUCUGGACCUGGUGGUGUUCCAUGAACGCAGGCAGCCAAAGGCCCCUGACACCUGUAACACGGGCACUUUACCCAAUGGCGGCUGUGAGUACCUCUGUUUGAAGGCGCCUCAGAUCACAGACCACUCGCCCAAAUAUACCUGUGCCUGUCCUGAUGGCAUGGAGCUGGGACCUGAUAUGAGGCGCUGUGCCACAAUCCGCGCAAGAACAACCACAACAGCAGUUCCGACCACCACCACUACGACCGCUGCCACAACCGGCACGCCCAGCACAACAACAAAAACCACACAAGUUCCCACCACCGCUGCGCCAACAACAACAUCAACCACUACUGCUGCUGCUUCCACCACACUCGCCACCACAACCGUGCAUCUGGAAUCAAGCGAACCCACUCAGAGCCCCAGGGCCACUUCCACUGAGCCCCAUCAAACACCUGCUUCCAUAAGUCCAAAGACGGCCAGUUUCAGCAGCACCAGUCAGACGUCGACGCCCACUAAAACGCCCUUACUGGGCCCAGUGGCUCCCAGCAGCAUUCAGCGGGAGAGCAACGCCAACCUCUCCCAUAGAGCUGCGAGUGAUCACUACCUCAUAGGCAACAACAUCACAGUCGCCGUCUUGGGGAUAGUCAUUCCUAUCGUCCCUAUCCUUGCCACAGUGGUCAUCGGGUUGCUCUGCACCGGCGCCUACCUGGUCUGGCGAAACUGGCGGCGCAAGAACACGAAGAGCAUGAACUUCGACAACCCCGUCUACCGCAAGACCACGGAGGACGACGACGACGAGAUCCACAUCGGCCGACACAGCGAGUCCGUCGGUCACGUCUACCCAGCACGUGUGGCACUCAGUCUGGAGGAUGAUGGUUAUCCCUGAAGAGGGGGUUCAUCCUCACCUUGACCCCCUCCUCCCUCCCCAUCCGCACCUCCACAAUGAGGCCUGGCUCAGCGCAGAGGAGACACUAUUGCCUCCUAAGGAGCAGGGAUGACACGUACAAGCCGUAAAUCUUACCUCUCACGCUGUAGUAACAUUUGCUACUACCAGUAGGCGCUACUACUUCCGCUAAUCCUAGUGUAGUAGUCUGUGCUCCGCCCCUUCUUCUCUCUCGCUCUCAGUCCUCACAUUUACAUUGACUUUUGUCAAACUAACAUCAUUAUCAGAGAAAGUCAUCUUCGAUUAUUUUAAUUCCUCAUUUUUUAUAAAUAUAUAUAUAUAUAAUUUUAUUUUUUUACAGUGGAACCUCUAAUUAUGAACUUAAUUGGUUUGUAAAUAGAAGAGUUUGUAUAUUGAAGCAAAUUAGUAACAAUGUAAAAAUGAGGGUUACAGCCUGAACAAUAGUCCAUAUUUUAGUAUAUCAAACAAACAUAACAAGAGGGUGAUGGAUCAACUUUCUAUUUAAUAAUGACGCCAAAACAACAACAAGCUGCUCAUUUGCAGCCGCACUGCCAAAACGCACACACUGUCACUAGCCUUGUUGGAAAUCCCAAAACUCCUUAACUUUGGCAGUCAAUUAUUAGGGAAGAAGACUAAAAUCCACUUUACCUUGUCAGUAAAUAGUUUUGUUACGCAGCGGGAAGGUCGGGGGAGAUUGGAGGAGGCAGUUUGGAUACUUCCUGAUUGUAUUAAACCACACAUCACUUGACUAUUGCUUUCUUUGGACUCAUAUCGGGCUAUUAAAACUAAAAACAUGCAGUAAAAAGGCUAAAAAGUAAUCAUGUAAAAAGCACAUAAGUAGCACAGUAGCUAACAGCAGCAUUAUGCUGACUGAAUGAGCACCAGAGAUCGAUCAGCCCGUCCACAGUGAGUGUGCUGCCGGGCACAAAAUGGCCACGCUGCAAGAUGCACAAUGGGUGGAUGAACAGUUCGUACACUAAGACAAGCAUGCUUGCCAACCCUCCUGAUUUUCCCGGGAGACUCCCGAAUUUCAGUGCCCCUCCCGAAAAUCUCCCGGGCCAACCAUUCUCCCGAAUUUCUCCGGAUUUCUCCCAGACUACAAUAUUGUGGGCGUGCCUUAAAAGCACUGCCUUUAGCGUCCUCUACAACCUGUCGUCACGUCCGCUUUUCCUCCAUACAAACAGCGUACCGACCCGGUCACAUAAUAUAUGCGGCUUUUACACACACAUAAGUGAAUGCGACGCAUACUUGAUCAACAGUCAUACAGGUCACACUAAGGGUGUCCGUAUAAACAACUUUAACACUGUUACAAAUAUGCGCCACACUGUGAACCCACACCAAACAAGAAUGACAAACACAUUUCGGGAGAACAUCCGCACUGUAACACAACAUAAACACAACAGAACAAAUACCCAGAACCCCUUGCAGCACUAACUCUUCCGGGACGCUACAAUAUACACCCCCGCUACCACCAAACCCCGCCCAACUCAAAUCUGCCCCCUCCACCCCCCACCUCAAUCACCCCUCCCCCCAUCGCCCGAAUUCGGAGGUCUCAAGGGUGGCAAGUAUGAAGACAAGGUUUGUACCACAAAGUGUAUUUUAUUCGCUAUGUGGUUUGUCAAUCAAAAAGUUUGUACAAUGAGGGGCUCGUAAAUCGAGGUUCCACUGUUUGUUUGCUCUUGAAAAUAUGUAACCAACAUAUCCUCGUGCAUACACAUUAGACCGGUUUCUACUGGACUCAAAUGCCAUUUUAGUCAGAGGUUUAUGAUUAUUUCAUCACAUCUGCAGGGCUGACUCCUGGCAUGAAGACACCAUGCGAUUGUUUAGGGGCCACAGCCACAUGAUCAGAAAGUCUCUGACCAUGUUCAUGUCAAUUUACAUCAGCACUGUUGAAUGUUUAUUUGUAUUACUAGUGACAUUUGGAGGCUUUGAGAGGUCAAUUUGACCAAUGGUAACAUUACUGUAUUUUCCGGGGUAUAGAGCACACCAGUAUUUAAGCUGCAUGCAUCACAUUUUAGAAGAAAUAAAUAUAUUUGUAUAUAUUACACCAUAAGUCGCAGGAAUAUACCAGUACGAAUAAUAUUUGUAAAUGUUUAUUUACAUACCUUAAUUGUUUCAAAACGGUGCAUGUCACACGGCAGUAAAACGGCUGAUCAAACAAAACAGAAGUCAUCGUCAUGGACCAAGCUGCGGAAGCUAGCUCUACAACUGGGGUGUCCAAACUUUUUCCACUGAGGGCCGCACACUGACAAAUCAAAGCAAGCGGGGGCCAUUUUGAUAUUUGUUAUUUUAAAAACCAAUACAAUAUAUGUAUAACAAAUAUACAUGUAGGCCUCCACUCAGGCUUGAUCCCGGGGACCCCAAAGGGUUUUGGUCAAAAAAAUAUAGAAAAUGUGUCAUUAUUCAGUAUUAUUAUUAUUAUUAUUAUUCAAGUUUUAAAUCUCUAGAUCAACAUUAGGUCUAUCUUUCAAUAUGUUUCUAAAUAUUUAAGUUGUAUGCUCUUUUUGUCAAAGAAAACCCAGUUUUUUUAUGGAAAAAACACAAAAAUGCAAUAUUUUCACCCAAUAGUUUUUUUAAAGUGGAAUAUUUGAGAUUAUAUAAUAAUUUGAGCCUUAAAAAGGUCAAUAACUCAUAACACCAUUGAUUUUUUGAGCAAUGACACUUAAAAACAAAUCACACUAAAAUUAUUGGAGAUCCAAAAGGGUACUACUCAUUAAAGUGUUAAAAAAAAAAAUAUAUACAUUUUUUUUACUGUUUACUUUUAACACAAUAAUCUCGAGAUCAACUUCAGAUCUAUUCGUCAAUUAUAAGUUUUAUUGUUGUUUGUUUUUUGUUUGUUCGUUUUAGGCCCUUCUUUAAAAAAACAGCUCAGUUUUUUAUAUGGCAAACACAAAAUAUGCUUUGAUGUGAGCAAUAAAUCAAGUGAAAUGUGAGUAUUUUGUCCUACUAGUCUUAAUUUUGGGAUGUGCUACCUUUUCAAACAUUUUUGAAACAUUUACUGGAUUACUUUUUUUGGGUUUGGCACUCCAUCUUGAAUCACAUUGAGAAGCGCAAUCUCCUUUUUGAACAAAAUAUGCUACAUUUUCCCCAAAAGAUAUCUCAAAGUGCAAUAUUUAACGUGACGUAAUUGGAGCCUUCAAUAAUUCAUAAUGACAUUGAUUUUGAUACAUUAUUAUUUUUUAAAGAAAGAAACAGCCUGCAUGGCAGCUUCGUGUUAUUAGAGUAAACAUUGCAACAUUUUCUUGUUACAUUUCACCUGUUUGCACUUUUAUACCACUUUUUACGUUUUAAAACAUUUUCAAUCGUGUUUUUAAAAUGUGCCGUGGGGCCGUUAAAAAAUUACCUGCGGGCACCCCUGCUCUACAAUCAGCUCAACAGACUCAAUAACGCCACGAUGACGUUUUGGCGAAUUAACGAAACUGAAACAAUACAAAAAGAAUGCCAUUGUAAGUUAAUAAUACUAACUUGUAAACAUGUGAGCAUAUUCGCUAAUGUUAACGACGCUAGCUUGAUUACAUCACGAUAGCACGUAAAAAAAUAUGCAUAGAAACACUCCGACAGACUUCACAUGGUUUAGUAAGUAUGAAUUGUUUUAGUUGUAUUGUAAAACUUACAAACGUUGCUAGGAGUGAUGAAUGAAGAAUCCAUACAAGCAGAAAUGCUAUGGACAACUACUUCCGGUUCAAGGAGCGAAACAGGAAGUACAUUUUCAACUCGCAGCACCUGCAGUGAGCGAACUCGUUCAAAAUAUGGUCCCAUAGCACAAACAAUAACACACCAUUUCUGUGUCUCUGUCAGUGUAAUAUGAAAUUAUUGUUGAAUACAAAACAUCAUGGCUGUUAGUGAAGAAAAAUCCAUAAAUUAGCCACAGUGUUUUAUUAGCCGCACGGUUUAAACUGGGGGAAAAAAAGUAGCGGCUUAUAGUCCGCAAAAUACGGUAAUAGUAAUAUUAAGGGCCGAAAUUGGGCCACUAAAUCCUUAGAUCCGGCACUGCACCUCUAUCUCUACUUUGCGUGUUGUCCUUAAGAAGCAAAGCUAAAUAUAGGAGAAGUAAGCUGUGAACAUGACAAGGUAGGGAUUGGUGUGGCUGUUUGCAGGUGAUUUUUAGGGUGGAAGAGUAAGAAAGGAGCUAUUUUAUUUUUUGAUGUGACUACAAGGAUUUAUUCCACCAGAGGCUGGAGCUUCAAGGCAAAACGCAGCAAGGCAGAAAAUAACAAUUAUGAGUAAUCCUCCGUGUUGGCGUCAGAUGUACGCACACAUGGUUACCAUGAACUUGAGGUUGUUUGCUUAUUCUCACUCAGUGUUUUUAUUUACUUUCUGUUUGCUUGUCUGCGCCGCUGCUAUUGUAGAUGAUGGUUCAAGCCUGAAGGCGGGGAAUGUGGAAAGCCAAUUAAGGAUUAAAAUAAAAGUAAAGUGGAGUAGUGCACAAUGCAAGUAUCAUGGGAUCACAAUAAAGCGCCAUAUUGAAUUAAACAUCACAUAUCGAGUACAAAGAUAUAAGAUUUAUUUGUACUUGAGAACAACAUCCUCUCAGCCAUCGAGGCAAGGAACAAGUCAAAUAUUAGGAAAACUGACAUACAGUACAGGCCAAAAGUUUGGACACACCUUCUCAUUCAAUGCGUUUUCUUUAUUUCCAUGACUAUUUACAUUGUAGAUUGUCAGUGAAGGCAUCAAAACUAUGAAUGAACACAUGUGGAGUUAUGUACUUAACAAAAAAAGGUUAAAUAACUGAAAACAUGUUUUAUAUUCUAGUUUCUUCAAAAUAGCCACCCUUUGCUCUGAUUACUUUUUCGCACACUCUUGGCAUUCUCUCGAUGAGCUUCAAGAAAUGGUUUUCACUUCACAGGUGUCAUAGUUUUGAUGUCUUUAGUG